CGCCACACCGCGCGUCUAAUUAGCGCCUGUUCAGCACUCCCACCACCGGAGGAUCCCGCGCCGCGCGCCGUCAUCUCCUCCCAGGCCUUCGCCAUCAGAUCAAGUCACCUUACUCAGACCAUGGCCACCAAGCCCGCACCAGCAAAGGCCGCCUCGCCAGCGACGCCCGACAAGAAGCCAGCACCCGCGGCCGCGACGCCCCCGCCAACCAAGGCGGCAGCAGAGCCCGAGGCGCCCACCGCACUAGCCUCCGACGACGAGGAUGAUGAUGAGAAGGAGGACGAGGAGAAGGGCCCGCCGGUGAAGAUGGAGAUCUUCAGACAGAUCCUCGAGCUCGACGACGAGGACUCGCACGACUUCAGCCGGGAGAUGGUCAGCGAUUUCUUCUCGCAAGCGCGCGACACGCUCAAGACCCUCGAUGGCGCAUUCACGUCCUCCAACCUCACCACCCUCGCCGAUCGCGGCCACUUCCUCAAAUCAUCAUCCGCAUCGCUCGGCAUCUACAAGGUCCAGGAGGCGUGCGGCAAGAUCGAGCAGUACGGGAAGAAGGUUGCCGACGAUGGAUCCUCAUUGGAGAAGGACGACGCUCUCAAGCUCAUCGACGCAUUGCUGAAGAAGGUCAAGGUAGACAUCGACGCCGCGGAGACAUGGUUAGACGAGUGGUACGAACGGGACGGCAACGCGACCUGAGGCACUUGCUUUCCUUGCAUCCCAUCCGCUCCCCUAGCGCCGGCGCAUCGCAUCGAGGUCAAUUUGUACAGAUAGGAUGGAUCGAUUAUAAUUCCCGUGUACCAUAAUACCCCCUCAGCAAGCCGAUACUGAUGAUUCCACCU